AUGGAGGACUGCACCGCGCUGCUGCGUUCCUUGGAGGCGGUGGACUUCGGCGGUGGCCCGCUCAACCUGCCCCACCUUGAGGCGCAGCUGCGGGCAGUGCGGGGGUCCCUCAUCGACCUCCUGAACUGGGGGGGCCCCAGCGCGGAGGCGCGGCGGGAGGUGGAGGCCGGAAGGGUGCAGACCGGGCACGGGCUGGUGACGCUGGCGGCGGCGGAUGCGAUGUGGGCCUUCAGAAUCAGCCACAGGUUAAACCUGAAUGAGAAAGUAUGUGUUGAGCUGUGCGUUCAAGCGGGCAUAGAGACGGGGGAAGCCUCUGAGGAUGGCACGUUGGGAAUCUAUUUUGAGAGGCGGCGUGCGCUGCUGACGGUCCUGAAACGCCUGCUGGAGAUGGAUGUGGGAAAGACCUCUUCGGCGAACCCUGAUGCCCACAAAGCUGUUCGGGAAUUCACGCGCAGCCUUCUUGCAGAGGAGGCGGAUGGCAAGGGGAAAGUGCUGUCCCGAGUGGUGGCUCUCAUUCAGGAUGCUUCAUCCUCGAUUCAGAGCAGGCGAGAUCAAGAGGACAGCAGCCAGAGCGGACGAAGCAUGGUGCGAGACUUCCUUGGGCAGGAGCAGAGGUUCAGUGCGUGCCUGAUCGCGGAACGAAGGCUCCUCUGCGAGAUCUUACUUCUGGCUGUGCGCGUGCGGCCAAGCAUAACUCCACAGGCGGUCAUCGAGCUGAUGGACCUGCUGAGGUACUUUCAACUGCAGAUGACAGUGGGGAUGACUGCAGGACACUGUGAGCCUGCACAUCUCCAGGGAGGAGCUCUGGUGCUCUUCUCGAUGCUGACAACACUCAUGCCAGACACCGACAGCCAGGAGGGGCCCCAGAGGGAUGAGGAGUCCCUCCACCAGCUGACAAGGAAUGCUGAAGUCCAGUCCGUAUUGGAGGGUGACCCCACCCACGAUGAGCCCCUGGUGGCUGUGGUGAGGCUGGCAUGGGGCCUGCUGUGUGCCACCUACCUCACGCCCAACGAGGUGACCUUCCAGCAACUUGUGGAUGGGGCCUGCGAGGCCGGUGUGUUUGGCUUCCUCAACGCCACCCUCUCUGAUGAGUGCCUUGAGGACUUGCAGCCAGACCUGAGGGAGAUCUGUGCUGAUAAGAUCUUCAUGCUCAUGCACCUAUAUUUGGAGAAAUGCCACAGGGAAUUCGUUAAGGGCCGCCAUCCUAUGGUCGCCAGAAGCCGUGAGCUAUAUCUCGUCUCCAUCAGGAGGCAUGGCACCGUGACCACGCGCGGCGAUCGCAUGGGGACACUGCUUGACUGCAUUGCAUCUGUCUUUGCGCUGAAGCCCCCCUUGGCCUGGAGCGACGAGCCGGCAGUCUCAAGGUUUGUGGGCUGGGUGCCAACUUGCGACCUGCUGGCAAGAUCCCCUGAGGUCUUUGUUGCCUUCAUUGGCGUAUUCACUGCUGUUGCAACCAGCGAGCUGGGUGCCCGAGCCAUGUACCAACAGUUUGAGUGCGGGAAUGCGGCUGGGCUGCACGACAUGGAGGCAGGGUACAAGUUCCUGCAGUUCAAAUACAUCAUGUGGUCACUCAAGGAGUUCUCAGAGUCCAUCGCAAAGGGCGGCACCCCAGGACCAGAUGACAUGAAAGGAAUCACAGCCUACAUGGAAUUCUUGAGGAUGGUGCUGUCCCAGGGCUCUCCCAAGGAGGUGCCAGGAUGGAUAGAACAGCUCGAGGGCCAUCUUCAGGAAUGUGGCAGCAAUGCCAAGCUGCACAGCAGGCUGCUCGCUCUGCUGUGUGUGGAUGUGUCACACACCAUGAAGGCGGCAAUCAAUGGGCUUCUGGCUGCUCUGGCAAACGAUCCAAACAGAGCUGCAGCGAUUCUGCAGUUUCUGCAAGCAAACACGAUGGUGACGAUUGACCAACCGCUAAGUGCCGAUUCUGCACAAGCCCCAAAGUAUGACUUGCUGUAUCAGGUCAACCAGAUUGAAGCUGGUGCAGGCGAGUUCCCCCAGACUGUGAGCUUCAUCCGCCUCCUGAACUGUGUCCUCAAGAGCAGCCGGCCGGUGCAGCACCAGGCCGCGGGUGUGGCAGGGCUCACAAAGUUCGUGAGGGAUGCUGUCCUUGGGCGGCUGUGGAACUUGCGAUUCAAGUCCACCAAGCAGAAAUGGGAGGUUGCUGAGGCUGCUUUUGACCUGAUGCGGCUAGUAUUCGAGGAGGCCGAUUUUUCAAAACCUCCGGAUCCACACUCGGCGAUGCCUCCUGGUUUCAUCGUGAUGCAAGACAUCCUAGGGGGUGGUGUGAUCUUGAGGGCCGUUGGCCAUGUGCUGUCUUUCGGGGUGGAGGAGGGCCCGCGACUUGGCCUGCAGCUGCAGUGUGCCCUGCUGUCUGCCUUCCGCCUGCUGGCAGCCGUGAUGGCCAAAGACAGAGAGUACGUGGAGCAUGCCAACGUGAGGGGCACAGACACUGUUGACAAGGUCCUUGUGCAAAGCGACAGGCGCACGUUUGCCAUCCUUGCAGAGUACAUUCGAUCUGGGGAAUCGACAGAACUGCAGAUGGAAGCCCUGGGGCUGCUGGACAGCCUUGUGCGGCGCAAUCCGCGCAUGGUGGACCUCUUUGGAGGCGUCUCUGUGAGGGGUUCGCUGAGACAGGCUGUCGCAGUUGCCCUUAACAGCGGCUUGUCCAUGCCGGAUGCUGUUGACGAUAACGAAGGAAGCGGGAUGGGCCGAGGCGACUGCAGGGCAUUGAUCGUGAUAAGGAUGCUGUGGCAGUGCCUGAAGUCCUCUGGACCUAACGUGGCACACCUCCUUCUGGGUUACGAUGUGACAAGGGCGGCAAGGGCCAUGGGCCCCAACGUUCUGGCGAUGGACGGAGGGACGUCGUGCUUUGGAGUCAUACUGGAUGCCAUCAGGGAUAUAGAGCUGGCUACCUCGAAGCCUGGACUUUUCAAACUGUGCCUUGAAGUGAUGCAGAUGCUGUGCACUGCAUCCUCCACAGUGCUAACUACCCUCAAGGCGCUGAGAGACAGCCUGCUUAUGGAGCAGCUGGACCAACUCCUCUUUUGCGACAGCUUGGACCCACUGACCCAGCUGGCAACAAGAACAUUCACCAUGAAGAUUCUGACUGCAGAGCUUCUUUGUGUGGAUCCAACAGUGCCUGAAGAGAAUGAGAGUGCAAAGGUGCUCAUCCAUGCGAUGUUUUGCGAUGCAUCCAGCUCCGAAGCAGAGGUGGAGCCCCGCAUUGUGCAGGUGCUGGCGGACACGGACCUCUUCCGAAUCCCUUCACCCCAGCUAGGAGAGUACUUGACAGACAGGGCAAAGGCACUGCUGGACAUGUAUCCCCGUGUGGUGCACUCAUUGACUGAUAGGGAACAGGGGCGGCAGGUCGGGGCGAGGAGUGUGUCACACAAUGGCAAGCUCCUGUUUGAUGAGCCGAAGGUGAAGAGCCUGCUGCUAAGCUGGUUUUCUUCGCAUCUGCCGGACUGGGAUGAUGACACAGCCAAAAUUGCAGCGGGUAGAGAGGCGAUGGAGGGAAUGAACAGAUUUAUCAUGGCUGAAAAUGAUGCGCUCCGGCAGGGGGCUGAGAUGAUGGACAUGCUGUGCAGCACUCAGUACUUUGUGGAGGCAUGCUUUGGUCGCCAUUUCCCCAGUGUGGUGGAGGCAUGUGAGGGAGUAGAUUUGCGGCAGUAUGGAUCCACCAUGCUGACCACGAUGGAGAUCAUCCACCACAGCUUGCUGAGCCUUGCUGUUGUCCACACAAGCCAUGCUGAACCACUCUGCCAGAUCGUGCAGUCAUUGAUGAGUCAUCUGUGCAAGCAGGCUGAUAGACUUGGAGCUGCAGCAGCAGGCCUCAUGCUCUCGCACUGCGGACCCGAUCUGUUCCAGUUGUUGGUUCGCCACAUUCUGGAUCCCAAUGCGGCACGUGAGCAGGUCCGCAUGCCCCUCGUCUGCGCCCUCCUGUGGUUCCUCGCGCUGCUCAACAACCCGGACAACUGGAGCACGGAAAGAACUGAGUUGGGCUCUGAGCUGCAGCUGCGCAUUGUUGGGUUUGUACAGUCGCAGGCACACAAGCUGGUGGAGUCCUUGGCCAGUGACGUUGUGGCACUGAAGAGGGAGCGGGCGCUUCGGAUCCUGUCUCUUGAGGUCCUUGCUGCAUUCGUGACAAUAGACAGCAGCAGUGCAGUUGCACAGGUCAUUGCAAGCAAGACGGGCAUUCUGAGAGAUAUUGCUGACGGUCUGGGUGGCCGAGAUUAUGAUUUUGCCAAGGCCGGAGACAUCAGUCAGGCGCUCCUCCUGAAGGCACAGCUGGGUCUCAUCUUGAGAAUAUUGAUGGCAGGCGGGCCUGGCAGGCAGGCCAAAUCAGCCCAGAUGAUCUACUCCGUGGGCGUGAUCCAGAACCUGACAAACUCCCCGCUGCUGGAGGGCCUACCCAACAACUGGGUGCCCUGGGAUGCCGUUCAGAUGGAGUGCUUCAUCCGGCUGCAGCCCAUCCUGGUGGUUCUAUUUCGAGUUGUCUUGGGCAUCUUGCUGGGUGUGCCGGGUAGCAGGAAUGCUAGGCGGGAUGUGAAGAGGCUGGUGGACAAGCACAGGCAGCACCUGGCGACAGUCAUCCUGCUCGCGGGCUCACAAGGGGAGGGGAUGUUCCCACCUGGCCAUGACUGCGUGAAGCUGGCGAGCCUCAUCGUGCACCUGCUCACCCAGGUCGGAGUGGGGACACUCGAGCCGGAAACCCAGGCACUGCUGCACCAAGCCAUCGAAAGGCUGCAGGCAGACCUGCUGCAUGGCACUGGCAGGUGGGGGCUAAAGCAUGUGCUUGCCCUGUACUUCAAUCGCCUGCUGGGCCCUCAGAGUGCAGAGGAGCGUUGCGUUUCGACGUCAAGCCCAGUCCUACUCGAGGAGUGUACGUAUCAGUCACUAAGGGAUAGUCAGGGCCUUGCUGAAAGCCGUGGGGAUGCAUGGGAACUGCUUCAAGUCCCGGAGGCCAGCAGGGACCAGACCUGGGUGAAGAGGGGUUUGUUGAGCCUGGGUGAGCGGGAGACCAGCUCCACGCACCCCCAGUAUGUGAGGCAGGAGGAGGUGGCCAUCCGCCUGGAUGCCAAGCAGAGCCGGGCGGAGCAGGACGUGGCCACGCUGCUGCGGACGGUGCAGGUAGGCUUCAUGAGCCUGGAGAGUUGGUACGCCCAGAAGUGGAGGGGCGGGGGAGACAAGGAGAACUACUCACUGCAGUUGCAGCCCGGGCUCCCAGGGAGGGCGGGCUCUGGGCAGGAAGCCUCGGGCGAGGAAGCCAGCCCACAGGACCUGGCGAGGGCAAUGCUGAGGGAGCUGGAGCCCUCCUUGCAGCAGUUGGUGAAGGACCUGCAUUCUCAGGGGCUGCGAGAGGUGUGCGGGUUCCAGGUGCGCGACCUGGAGGCGUCUUGGAGCAGCUUGAGAGAGUACCUCGUCAUUGAGGCCCCGAGGCUGCCCGCCCUGGCGAUGGGCGCCGUGCCCCUUCUGCUGCAGUCCUGA